CCAAAUACCGGCUGCCGCCUUAUAUUCCUCAUAUUCUCGAUUCUUUUCUUUACACGACCGGCCCGGACGCCAUGGUCUCUCGACGGUAAACCCCGUCUUUAUUUCUAAGUCAUGGUGUCUUUCUGGCCUUGGAAGGGCGACGUCUCUUCCCCGUCCUCUUUCGAGAAGACUCUUUCGACCCUUUCCAACAAGAUCACAACCACCCAAACGCAACUCGACCGAGCGCGGUCCCGUGGCCGUCGCAUCAAGGUCCUCUGGACCCUCUAUCUUGCCUUCGCCUACCUAGUUUAUGCUGUUGUCUUUACCUUGGUGGUAGGAUGGCAGAACCUGGGUCCGUGGGAGUGGACUGGAAUGGCCGGCGGCCCCGUGUUCAUUUACCUCGUCAGAACCCUCACCAAUGCAUACUUCAGUUUUCGCAUCGAUACGUUAGAAUCUAAUUUGAAAGAUUACCAAACCGAGCGCGCAAAGACUAUACAGAAGCUCAAAGACGCUACUAAAUACGACUCGACUCUAGAGCUACUAAAGAAAUACGGCGAUUCUGGAGAAAAGCGAGUUCAGCAUAGAAAACAGACACUAGAAGGCGAGGACGGCGACGGCGAGCGGAAAAGGGCGAACAACGAGAAAAAGCGACAAAUUUCAGGCUCUGGUUCGAGAAUCGAUAUCCCCCCUCCGCCAACCGCCAACAUACAAAGGCCUUCUCAUCCUCCUCUUUUAGGAGGCUCGGGAUCUCGCCCAGGCUCUUCCCACGUACUUAACAAUCAAGCACAUCUCCCGGACCAGCAGCCCACAGAAGAGUUCGCACCUAACGCCGGCCCACUUCCACCGUCGUAUUCCCAGUAUGACGUUAAUCCUGGCUCACACCACUGGUAUGACCGUAUUAUGGAUCUCAUGCUUGGCGAGGACGAGAUGGCAGCCAAAAAUCGCAUCGUAUUAAUAUGUCAAAAUUGCCGGCUGGUGAACGGACAGGCCCCUCCAGGAACGCAAUCGCUCUCGGAGUUGGGCAGGUGGAAAUGCAUGUCCUGCGGAGCGCUGAACGGAGAAAUGGACGAGGGGAAGAAGAUCAUUCGAGAAGUUCUUAGGUCAAACGAGCCGAGCACUGGAUUGCGAAGCGAGGAUCGGGAUAGUGACAUAUCGAGCGACUUAGUGAAAGUCGGAAAUGACAGCGAAGAUACCAGAGAGACGGAUGGGGAAGAGGCAUCUUCUGUCGCAUCUUCUGUCGCACAACAAUCUAACCAGAAGCACCGCACCAAAAAAUCGCAAAUGGUCCCUUAAGCCAAAUUUCUUAUUCGUCAAUUUACCAUUCUAUAGCAUCCGCUAGAUGAGGUUUCGAUACGACAAUUCUAUGCUAGGACACAUGGGCAA